AUGAGAGUUGUAAACUGGUUAACAAUAGUUUUGGUGACCUUGCUGGGUCACCGCUCCCUGGCUCUGGAGUUUGCAGAGUGCGAGAGUGCCCCACAAAUGGGAGUUUACGUGGCCAGCAUCAGUAACUGUUCCAAGUACAUUUACUGCGCCGGACCUGGAUCCUUUGAGGCGGAAUGCCUGGACGGUCACUACUACGAUGCGAAGCAAGAACGCUGCCUGGAUAAGGAGCUGGUUAUGAGGUGUCAGCCGCUGGUUACCACCACUGAGCCACCGGUAAAGCAAGUAGCACCCACAGUGGCCCCAAAGACGGAACCUCUGACCAUCACCCUGGAGGAGUUGCCCAACGCCGGACCCUGCUAUCCCUAUAUGGUGUGCUACGAAGGAGCUGGCCUGGCCAGAUCCUGCACUCCCGCCCAUCUGGUGUCCUGUAAUCGCCGCCAGUCGCCGGGCAUUAUCACCAGCUGCCAGGUGGGCGUUUAUGGUUUUAUGCCACAUCCCCUGAACUGCGCCUACUUCUAUUACUGCUCCAGUGGCCACAAGCUCCUCCAUCGUUGUCCGGUCAACUACACCUGGCACUAUGAACGCAGCUCCUGUGUGCAGCAAUCCGAGAAGAAGUGCUUCUCCGAGGCCCUGCGACUGCGAAGACGGAAGCCAACGCGGGCGGCAAAGCCCAAGGUGUAA